AGUGUCGCUUCCUGUUAGAAAAAGUGCAAGUAAACCUGUCAUACACGCACAGGUCUGGAGGUGGCGCGCUCUCCCCGUGAAUGGUCAUGACAGAAACAAGUCAGGGCAGGAGUCAUUAGUGCUUUGGUCGCAAAAGGAAUGUAAAUGUCUGAGGACAAGGAAGCCCAGGAGGAUGAGCUGCUUGCUUUAGCAAGUAUCUACGAUGAAGAGGAGUUUCACCGGGCAGAGUCUGCACAGGGAGGGGAGAUCCAGCUGUGUCUGGAGCUCCCUCCUGACUUCAAAGUGGUAGUCAAAGGAGAGAAGAAAACUGAAUAUAAUGUCUGCUUCCUGCCUCCUUUGGUGCUUAACUUUGAAAUACCUGCAGACUAUCCUUCUGCAUCCCCACCACUCUUCACUCUCAGCUGUAAAUGGAUGACCAGAGCACAGAUGAGCUCUCUGUGCCGACGACUGGACGAGCUGUGGGAGGAGAAUCAGGGCUGUGUGAUUCUUUUCACAUGGAUCCAGUUCCUCAAAGAGGAGGCUCUGGAUUUUCUGGGUAUCCAGUCACCUCUUGAAAUCAUCAGGGGUGGAAGUAAGGCAGCUCUGGUGCAGUUUGGGGGGCAUCCUGAAAAAGCAGAGGAAAAGAAAAAAGAAGUGAUGAAGGACAAGUCUGAACAGAAGUUUUCAUCAUCAUCUCAGCUAGAUCCGAGGGGUGUCCUUUUGAUGGACCCACGUGCCGAUCUCCUACCUCAGCUCCUGGACUUUGACGAGGCGCAGCGGCAAAGGGUGUUCGACAGCAAGGUGUUCUGCUGUGGAAUCUGCUUUGUGGAGAAGCUGGGCUCUAACUGUCUCUGCUUUAAGGAGUGCCAACAUGUCUACUGCAAGGCCUGUAUGACUGAAUACUUCCAGAUCCAAAUACGAGAUGGUAAUGUUCAGUGCCUUAACUGCCCUGAGCCCAAAUGUACUUCUUUAGCUACACCGUCACAGGUGAAACAGCUGGUGGACGAGAAGUUGUUUGCCAGAUACGACCGUUUGCUGCUUCAGUCCAGUUUGGACCUUAUGGCUGAUGUGGUCUACUGUCCCCGUCAGUCCUGUGGCACCGCUGUAAUGAUGGAGCCAGACACAACCAUGGGCAUUUGCUCAGCAUGCCAGUAUGCUUUUUGCACACUGUGCAAGCUGGGGUAUCAUGGUGUCUCCCACUGUAAAUUCCCUGCAGAGGAACUGCGCAACCUGAGGGAUGAAUACCUGUCAGCUACAGCUGCGGGGCAAAAGUUCAUGGAGCAACGCUAUGGUAAAAGGGUGAUCCAGAAAGCAGUAGAGGAGUCCUUUAGCAGAGACUGGCUCAGUGAGAACUGCAAAUGCUGCCCCCGCUGUGGAACCAAUAUACAGAAAGUGGAUGGCUGUAACAAGAUGACCUGCACGUCUUGUAAGCAGUACUUCUGUUGGCUGUGCCUGGGCAUCCUCAGCAAAGUCAACCCAUACAGUCACUUUAACAACCCACAUUCACCCUGUUACAACCAGCUUUUCCUCGGUGUAGAUCUCGAUGAAGAAGAUGCCUUUUGGAGUGACGAGGAGGACUGACACUGUGCAGUGCUUCACUGCCGUACACUCAGUUUGAACGCACUUUAUCUCUCACGUAGCCACCGCUUCAUCUGUGACUACACUAUGCCUGCAUUGGCACAAUAGUGCCCCUACAGAGACCAUAACCCUACAAUGGCACUGUUAUGUUCUGUUUUUCUGAAUAUGGUCAUGUGUCUCGGAUGUCUGGGACAAAAUUGUUUCAGUAGAUCUGACGUAUCAUGUAUUGGAAUAUUCAAGAAGUGGAGCAAGAGGCAGCUGUCAUAACUUUGGCUAAGGGUGACAUUAAAAUAUUAGUUUGGUUCUGUCCUGCAAAAAUAGUCAGGAGUUACUAGUGGCGCCACCAACUGAGCUCAGUUUGCUAAAUUCCAGUUCCUUUUUCUGCCUUUCCAGUGUUACAAGGAAAACUAGGACUGCAUUUGACCCACUUUGUCAUUAUGCAUGGCAUAUUAACGAUCUAAUCUCUGAUUGUCAUAAAUCAGAGGUAUGGCAUGAAAAAGUUUUUUUUUUUUUUUUUUUUUUUUUUUUUUCCCCCAAACUUCACGUGAACUUUGUGAUCUAACAAAUACAACAAAGAUAAAGCUUGAAAGAAAUGGAGGCAAACCCAGAGAUGUGGCACACACAUAAUUUCAAAACUGGAUGUUGCUCUUUGCUUUCGUUCUAGGCAUUAUGGGGAACUCCCCACGCCUUCCUGAGACACGGUGUGCUAUUUACAGAGCCUACUCUGUAGUUAUACUUUUUCUUGAAUGUAAGUUUAGAUUUAUCAUAAUAUAAAGUCAAGCAGGUUAAAAGUAAUUCUUUCAUUAGAUUGGUUUUUGGGAUUUUUUUUAAAAAAAAUCCCAUGGAUGGAUGGAUGGAUGGAUAGAAUGAAAUAAUGGAGGAAAGUGUUCUAGAUAUUUUUGAGAAUCAGUUCUUUGAUGGUUGAUGAUUAGGGUAUGUGUUACUUUGGGUUCAUUCAGCGGUUGUGGUGUGAGAAAUAAUAUCCUAACUCUGUAACUACAGUAUAUUUGAAUCAAUUUACUCCAUAAUGUUGCCAAUAAUUGGUGUCAAAUUGAGGCCAUAGUUUAUGUCCUCAGGUCCAAAAAUUUAUUAAUUUUUCUUUUUCAUGUUUGAGUGAAAGGGAAAAUCUGAUGCAAACAGUUCUGUUCUGAAUUGAAACCUGCAGCAAAUCUGUUCCUUUUCAGCACGGAAUGAUUUGCAAAAAAAAAAAAGAAAAAGACAACCUGCUGUUCCCUACAAUUGCAUGUGGAUUUACCUUAAUGUCAAUGCAGGCCCACUGUCACUUUACAUCUCAUGUUUAAAUAAAUGAGUUGAGGAUCCUGUUAAA